AUGGUGACUAGAAGUCAACAUGGGAUUGUUAAGCCCAAUCCUAAAUACACUCAGCAGUCCCUUCACACUUCCGUAUCGAGGUCACCCUUACCUCGAAAUCCGGUAGAGGCUCUACGUGACCCUAACUGGAAAAUUGCCAUGGAUGAGGAAUUUGAUGCUCUUAUUAAGAAAAAGACGUGGGAGUUGGUGCCCCGUCCUCCUGAUGUUAAUGUUAUUCGGUCUAUGUGGAUUUUUGCUCAUAAAGUUAAAUCUAAUGGUGUGUUUGAGAGGCAUAAAGCCCGUCUUGUAGGUGAUGGAAAAACUCAACAGGUUGGCAUUGAUUGUGGAGAGACAUUUAGUCCGGUUGUGAAACCGGCUACCAUUCGUACUGUUCUCAGCAUAGCUCUAUCUAAGGCAUGGUCUAUUGAUCAGUUAGAUGUCAAAAAUGCUUUUUUGCAUGGCGAGCUUCAAGAGACAGUUUUCACCAACAGUACUAUGGACAAUUCUUUGUUCAUUUUCAAGAAAGGGUCGGAAAUGGCUUACUUAUUAUUGUAUGUUGAUGAUAUAAUUCUCACAGCUUCUUCAGAUACCCUCCGACGUUCCAUAAUGGAUCUUCUUAGCUCCGAGUUUGCUAUGAAGGAUCUCGGUCCUCUAAAUUAUUUUCUUGGUAUUGCUGUCACUAGGCAUAAGGGUAGUAUGUUCCUCUCACAGCGCAAAUAUGCAGAAGAAAUAAUUGACCGGGCCGGGAUGUCCUCUUGUAAGCCGUCUCCCACUCCAGUUGAUACCAACCCAAAGGUUAGUGCUACUUCUAGUGCUACUUUUGAUGACCCUUCAUUGUAUAGGAGUCUUGCAGGGGCUCUACAAUAUCUCACUUUCACUCGGCCGGAUAUUUCAUAUGCCGUCCAACAGGUGUGUCUUCAUAUGCAUGAUCCGCGGGUUGAUCGCAUGUCAGCUCUUAAGCGGGUAAUCAGAUAUAUUAAGGGUACUAUAGACUAUGGUCUUCACUUGUAUCCUUCUUCUUUUUCUACUCUCGUCUCGUAUACUGAUGCAGAUUGGGGUGGAUGCCCUGAUACAAGACGCUCAACGUGUGGUUAUUGUGUAUUUUUGGGUGAUAACUUGGUUUCUUGGUCAUCUAAGAGACAACCAACAUUGUCAAAGUCAAGUGCAGAGGCCGAGUAUAGGGGUGUGGCUAAUGUAGUAUCUGAGUCGUGUUGGCUCCGAAAUCUUCUUCUUGAAUUGCAUUCUCCGAUUAAAAAGGCGACUAUGGUGUAUUGUGACAAUGUCAGUGCUAUUUAUUCAUCAGGCAAUCCAGUUCAGCAUAACGAACAAAACAUAUAG